AUGGCUUAGGUUAAUAAGAGGAAGCAAUCUAAAUCUUUGGAUGAUAGUGAAGGUGAAGCAGUGUAAGGUCGGUGGAUAAAGGAAGAGCAUUAGAGAUUCGUAGAGGCAUUGAGCUUACAUGGAAAGAAUUGGAAGAAAGUUGAGGAAUAUGUUGGUACAAGAAGUGGAGCAUAAAUCAGAUCUCAUGCUCAGAAAUUUUUCAAUCGUUUAGAGAAAGAGUUUAAUUAAUAAUUUAAUGGACUGAAGAGUUCGGAGAUCAAGGAAAUCUUCGAAAACAAGAAAUUUCAUUAAUUUUCUGAAGGAGAUUACAUGCAAAUGAAAUAGAAGAACAACUCUAUCAUGGAUGUAUCUGACGAUGAAGUCCAGAUAAAUGUGGAGUCUAUGCAAAUGGAAUCCAACCAAUAAUAGCAAUAAAUUAAAGCCCAAUUGCAAUAAGGUAUACUUGACCUCAAUCUGCCUGACUCCCAAACUCAUAAUCCUACUAAAGAAUAAGUCACGAAAUAUUAGUAAUAAUAAAGGAAAAUCCAAAAAAAACUAUAAGAUGUUUAAGACAUGAAUCAACUACCAGAUGAACUCCUUAAAGAAAUUUGCAUUUUGCACAAAGAAAAAGGACAGAUCAUGGCUAUUUAACAGAUUCAAAAUGCCUAUCAAUCCAUCUCAGAAGUCAAUCUGAAUGAUGAAUUGCAGAAUCAACAAAUACAUCAAGAGUAGAAGCAACCCUCCACCCUGGAUCAAGAUAAAAACUAAGAAUCUAGGCCAGGAAAUGAUGAGUCCUUUUUUCAUUUUAUCAUGGCCAAAAUUUCAAAGUAUUUAAAGAAUAGGAAAUUGAGUUUAUCUGAUUUAAUAAAUGUACCUAAAUCUGAAUAAGAGAUCCAAUUAGAUUCUCAUCCACAAAAAUGUGAUCAACAGCAAGAGGCUGAAGGACAAAGAAGUAGAAAACAAUCAUUUACUUUUUAUAACGAUUAAGACGAAGAUAACGAAGCUCGAUAUUAGAAUCUUAAGAAAACUAAAAAAGAUUGA